AUGGCUCAGAGAAACAAAACCGCACAACAAAACAGGCGCUCCCCUGGGACGCCUGCCCCCCCGGCCCCUCCACGAGGCACGCCAUCCCCGCCCCCAGGGACAAGCCGGACGAACGCGACGCGCGGCACCUCCCCCGGUCCCUCGGGCGAAAACAGCACCCGCCCUGGAAGGCCGGGUAGUCCGUCCUACGCCGCGAUGGUAGUGCGCGGACCCACCUUAGGCCCGUCUAUAGCUGAGACCCCAGCACCGACGGUCCCAGCACAACCGGUCCCGGCCAACGACGUCCUAUCGACAGCCCAACCUGCCGAAACAACUGCCGCCAUCACCGCCCCAUCGACGUCGACGCCGACCCAGCCUCAACAGCCUGCCUCUCCGCAGCCGGCCCGAGUCGAAUCACCGGAAGCUCAAGGCGAGCCCCCCGUGCAAGACAAGAAAAGGAAGAAAAAGGUGAACAAAGGCAAAGCACGGGCGAAGCCUAUGAUCCCAAUCGGAAGUGGACACCCACCAGGAGUAGCCAAAGGCCCCGUCUGGGAGACAGACGAGUAUCAGAGACACGUCAGUGAGUCGCGAAAGCGCCGUCGCGUCACCGAUGAUAACCUCCCCGAGCGUACGCCGUCCCCGCCCGCCCGAGUCCAGAACUCGCCCGGCCCCUCGUUCGCGCAGACGGCCGCGAUGGACUUCGACAUGUACCUGGAGCCCGACCCUGAACGCGAGCCCACCACGAGCGAAGCAUAUGCUAGAUUCGGCAUCGACCCACGCUUCCUGACCGAGGAUCUUUUCCCUCCUCCGUACAUGACCAAAGACGCGCCAUGGAACGACCCAAAGGCGUCCGGAUGGGCGAGCGCGUCGCUCCGUCGCGACGUCUUCUGGAGCCCAACGGACGGCGACGCGGAGGCAGGACCCUCCAACUCACACCGAGAAUCCCAAGAGACGCCGUACCAACAUCCUAGCGUGAGAGGCGAGCAAGCGCACCUGCUACGCCACAGAUGUACGGGGCCACUAACGAGACUCGAGACACGUCGCACGCCCCUCGCUACGAGCCUCACACCGGCCGUUCUCCGACCGAACAUCACACCCACCGCGUACCUCUGCCCCUCGUAUACCGUCCCCUACGUUCAUACCUCGAGUACCGUACAUAGCGGGUCAGUCACGCCGCGGGCCGGGUGCCCCGACCCCGGGACCAUCGAACUACCGCCGCUCCCCGUCCCCGCACGUCACGCGAGAGGAGCGCAUACUCAGCCCGGUAGCGGUCCGUCGCCCUGUCCCCGCGUCUGGCGGUUUGUCUUCACUGCCCCGGACCUGCCUCGUACCCCACCUCGUCAAGCUGACGGCGAUGUCGACAUGCGAGACGUCAACGACGAGAACCGCCCCCCCACUGGCCAGCCAUCUCGGAACGCCUACGGCGGCACGGAUGCAAACGUUGAUCGCCGAACAUACGCCGCUGCCAACGCCCCCGCUCCUCCGCCUCUGCCUCCUCCCAUGCCCCGGGCGCACGAACCCGUACACCAACACAAUGCCUACCAGCAGCACGGGCAUGCGCAGCCGAACGCGCCCAUCGCUCCGGUGGCUCCACUCCUACAGCCAGGCGCCCCACCCGCUGCGCUCGGAGCCACGCCAGCACCUCCAAGUGGCUGGACUGAGGUCGAAGGCGACUCCUUCUACCACCUCGUCGACGGUAUGGGCCUGGAGCAAAUCAACGCGUGGAUAGUAAGCGCGGCGGAACGUCCCACCCUCGUAGUCUCUGUCUUCGGAUCAUCCCCGAACGACCCCGGUCGAUGGCAACGCAUCAUCGACAUGCGAGACGCUAUCCGCGCUCGCUACGGAGUCCCGGAAGCAGAAAUCACCCCGUCCACCUCUACACAGAUCGACCCUCUCGAGAACUCCGGCCCCUACUACUACCUCGUCCAGAACAUCACGGCCGAGCAACGUGACGCAAUGGUAGCCGAUCGUGUUCUAUCCACGACGGCCAUAUCCAUGUACUUCACUCCCCUCCGGUUCGGCCCGCCCAACCUCACCGCCAUAUGGAGCGACCCAGAGUGUUUCGGCGCGACGACGCCCACCGGCAUCGCCGGCGCCAUCGUUAACGCCCUCAGCCGGGAAGACCUCGCACGAGACAUCCAGGGGAUCAUCCGCGCCGACAUCGAAGCGGCGGACGCUGGCGGCAUGUCUCCGUGGCGGUCGCUUUCCGCGCGCUGCUGGACUCCAUCCGCGUAUCCAUCCUCGACUACCGCACGCAGGGCGGAAUCCUAA